AUUACUAAAAAUAAAUGUAACUAUACCUACCUAGUUAAAUUUUUCAAUUUUUAAAUUAGUUUUGUUUUAACGUUUUAUUAAUGAGCAAGAAACAUCAAUGCGCAGCGCAUGUAUUACUGUUUCUCACAAUUAAUGAAACUAAAAUUGUGUUUUGUUGUAAAAAAGGGUCUUCCAUUUUCGCGCGUUUCUUAGGUACCUAGGUAGGUAGGUACCUAAUUUCUUCAGGUCUUGUUGAAGACCAUCUUGCCAUCUUUUCUCGGUCUUCCUCAGGGUCUCUCCGGUUGCGGGGUCCUCAAUUUAGAUUAUUCAAGAAAGGCUCGCAAGUGGUUUGGUUAGAACAAGAAUUGUGAUGAAAUGCCUAACGCAGUAGCAGCCUGUCGAGUCUGUCUGGCGGUGGACGUGCGGUUGUUAACAAUCGCCGGCGCGCUCCAGCUGGUGUAUGAGAAGAUCACCAGCAAUGCACUGCACAGUGAGGGGAAGCCCGUGGCGGCGUGUUAUAUCUGCUACGCUCAGCUCGACAAGUGCCGCAAGUUGAUGCUGACUUGUGCAUUAGCAGAGAAUGUGCUGAAUGCUAUGUUGCACAGACAGACUGAGAUAACUACAGAAGCAAUAUCCCUGAUUGACCGCAAGGCUCAAGGGCUGCGUGGGUCACUGACCUGCAGUGGAGCUGUACAUCAUAAUAGUGACAUACACACUCCCGUGGAGAUCAAAUCUGAGCUGGAGUCAGAUAUGACCAAAUUUGAGCCAAUUAGACCCAAGGAGGAGCCAGAGGAAGGAACCAACAUGAGUAGCGAGUUACCAGAUCCUCUACAGCCUGACAACAUGUGUGACACCAAAUAUAAAUGUGACUUGGAUGAAGAGGACCCUCUCAGUCUGUCACAGCUGCACGAUGCAGAGAUGGACACAGCCGGGAGUGGAGAGCGAGGAGAAGAUGUCGCUUCAGCGCAGACGUCGGGAGCUGACAAACGGAGACAAGCUGAAGGAAGUACAGCCCACAGCAGCCAGCGCAAGUCCCGACAAGAUUCAGCUCCCGGGACUGCUGGAGGACACCGGUGUGAUGUUUGUCAGAGACAAUAUUCUAAGAAGUCUAAUUUGAUGUUUCAUAUGAGAACUCACACCGGGGAGAAACCGUUCCAAUGCAACGUUUGCGACAGGAAAUUUUAUCAAAAUUGUGAUUUGUUGCGCCACAUGAGGACUCACACGGGGGAGAGGCCAUUCAAGUGUAACUUUUGCGAUUAUCGUUGUAUUCAAAAGUCCAGAUUGACACAUCACAUUCGGACUCACACCGGGGAGCAACCGUUCCAGUGUAAUAUUUGUAAUCAUAAAUUCAAUCUUAACUCUGAGUUAUUACGUCACAAUAAAAUUCACACCGGGGAGAAACCAUUCAAGUGUAACCAUUGCGAUUACAGUUGUAAUCAAAAGUAUGUUUUGACAAAUCACAUUCGGACUCACACCGGGGAGCAACCGUUCCAGUGUAAUGUCUGUAAUCAUAAAUUCAAUCAUAACUCGGAAUUGUUACGUCACAUGCGAACUCACACCGGCGAGAAGCCGUUCCAGUGUAACCUCUGUGAUUAUCGAUGUAAUCAUAAGUCUAGUUUAAAGGAUCACAUUAGGAACCACACAGGGGAUAAACCAUUCCAAUGCCAUGUGUGUAGUAAUAAAUUUAAUCAUAAUUCUGAAUUGUUACGUCACCUUAAAACUCACACCGGCGAGAAGCCCUUCCAGUGUAAUCUUUGUGAUUAUCGUUGUAAUCAAAAAUCUAGAUUAACACAUCACAUUAGGAACCACACUGGAGAUAAACCACUGCAGUGCCACGUGUGCAGCAACAAGUUCAACCACAACUCUGAACUGCUGAUCCACAUCAGAAGCCACACAGGGGAGAGACCGUUUCAGUGUGAUGUUUGCGAUCGUCGUUUCAGGCAAAAGUCCAGUUUGAAUUUUCACAAACGAACUCACACUGGAGACAAGCCAUAUCGAUGUACUAAAUGCGUUUUUAGCUGUAGAAGGAAUUGUGAUCUAUCGAAGCACGUCAGAACCCACGCCGGGGAGAAACCGUUUCAAUGUAACGUUUGCGGUGAUCGUUUCAGUCGAAAGGCUAAUUUAUCCAGCCACAGCAUAUCUCACACGGGCGAGAAGCCUUACAAAUGUGAAGUCUGCCAACAUCGUUACAGACAUGAACGCUCCUUUGCUCGACACAUGAAGACACACGCCAGAGAUCAACCCAGAGCUCCAUUGAAACCGGAGUCGGAGUGACGGCAGUAGUUUCUGCUGAGGGUACUCAGCUUGAGUAAAGUUCGACGCAUCUGGUUGCGGCUCCAUUGUUUUACACGCGCCGAGCUGAAACUGUCAAUAUGCAAAAUAUUGUAGCGGUAUUAUAUAAUCUGUGAUUGUAGUUAGAAUAUUAAUGACUUGAAAUCUAUUGGCACGAAUUUUGUGACAGUUCAUAAAAUAGGAGUACUCUAAAAGGUUACACGAAUGGAGACGAGUAAUAAACGUGUUGCGUGUGA